AUGGCGUGGGGAAAGAAGCAACGAUCCUCAAAUAAGGGAGGUUUGAUGAGAGUGUUGGCGGUGAUGGUGGUGGUGGUGGUGCUACUAUCGGGAUUGGGGUGUGUGUCCGGUGAGAACGUGAAAGGGAAGAGGAACGCGUACGCCACCAUGAUGUACGUAGGUACGCCCAGGGACUACGAAUUCUACGUAGCCAUACGCGUGCUAUUGAAAUCGCUGGCUACGCUCGACGCUCAAGCCGAUCGUGUUGUCAUUGCUUCCCUUGAUGUCCCUCCUCGCUGGAUUCGAGCACUUGUCGUGGGUUUGGGAUUGCGCGUGAUGUUCAAGAGUGUUUGA